AUGGAUCUGCCAGGGUUUAAUCCCUUAUUGGCAUACAGUAAGGAUGUGGACAUUACAAUCUUUACUGCUCUGGCUAUUCCUGCCUUAUAUGAGGGGGGGGCAGAAGACAUACAAGCAGGUUGCAGCUUAGCCGCAAAUGACCUGGUGUACAUAAUUGAUGGCUCGUCCAGUGUGGGAGUGCCUGAUUUCGAGAAGGCCAAACGAUGGAUCAUGGACAUCACCAGCGGGUUCGACGUGAGCUCUCUUCACACACAGGUAGCCGUGGUGCAGUACAGUGACACGCCGCGUCUGGAGAUUUCCCUCGGACAGCAGCAGACCAGCGAGGACCUUCUCAAUGCCAUAUCUUCAAUAAGCUACCUGGGCGGCAAGACUCAAACAGGCCGCGCCAUAAAGUUCGCCACUGAUCACGUCUUUUCCUCGCACAACCGCACACUGCCAGCAAGAAACCGCAUCGCGGUCGUACUUACCGACGGUCGCUCGCAGGAUGACGUGGUGGACGCAGCCGUUGAGGCCAAAGCUCAAAAUAUUGUGUUGUUUGCCGUGGGCGUUGGGAACGAAAUCACCAACUCUGAAUUAGUCUCAAUGGCCAACGAGCCUCCCUCCACCUAUGUUCUAUAUACAGAGGACUACACCUCAAUUGGAAAUAUAAAAGAUGUGAUGGAGCAAAAACUGUGUGAAGAGUCUGUAUGUCCUAUGAGGAUAGCGGAUAACAACGAGAAGGGCUUUGACCUGCUCAGUGGAAUGCAGAUAGACAUGACUGCCAAGAAGGUCCAGGGCUCGCUCAUCACAGAGGGCGCCUAUCAGCUCACCGCUCGACUGGACAUCACCCUGAACACCAGAGUUCUCUUCCCAGAAGGUCUCCCUCCCUCCUAUGUGUUUGUGGCGACAGUGCGCCUGAAAAGCCCAGCCCAUCAGGUGAAGUUUGAUCUGUGGAGGAUCCUGUCCCAGGAAGGCCUGAGGCAGGUGGCCGUGACCCUGAACGGUGCCGAGAAGUCCGUAACCUUCACCACCACCAGCGUGCUACAGAAGGAGCAGUCGGUCAUUUUUAAUCACGGAGGAAUUAAGAGACUCUUCAACACGGACUGGCAUCAGCUGAAGCUGCUGGUCAAACCCAGGCGCGUCACAUGCUUCCUAGAUGAUGUGCAGAUCGAAGAGCAGCUCCUGGAUCCGGUGGUGCCCAUUUAUAUCAACGGCCGCACGCAGGUGGCCAAGAAAGUCAGCCUGGAGACCACCGUCCCGAUUAUUAUUCAGAAAUUGCGACUGUACUGUGACCCUGGGCAAAGUGACAGAGAGACUGCCUGUGAAAUCUACACAGUGGAGGAUGAUAGGUGUCCAUUUGAUCGCUCCAUCACGGCGGGAAACUGUGACUGCCCCUCUGGAAAGCCUGGACCUCCUGGCCUUCCUGGACCUAUGGGCUUUCGGGGUGAGAAGGGUCGAGAGGGUCCCCCUGGGCCUGACGGUAAGCCUGGAAAGCAGGGUGAGCGUGGAUAUCCAGGUGAGCCAGGGAAGCAUGGAGAGAAGGGUGAACCAGGCCAACAGGGCAUGAAGGGGGAGAGAGGGAUUGGUGGGCCUAAGGGUGAUAUAGGUUCUGAAGGGCCUCCAGGGCGACCAGGACCUCCCGGACCCACAGGACCAGGAUAUUCGCACCUAGACUUGAAUGAGAUUGACCUGACAGCGGUCAAGGGGAACCAGGGGGAGACAGGGGUGCAGGGCCCACCAGGAAAUCCUGGACCAGUGGGGGAACCUGGGCUGCCAGGAACAGAUGGUCUACCUGGCCCAGCUGGCCCAAAGGGUGAAAAGGGGGAAGCCAGUGUUGCUGGUAAUGAUGGACAGAGCGGAGUUCCAGGUAUCAGAGGCCUUCCAGGAGACACGGGCCCCGCCGGUCCCAAGGGCGAGAGAGGCUUUCCUGGGCCUGUAGGAGCGGCAGGACCAGCAGGCCCUCCGGGGCUGCAAGGUCCAGUUGGACCACCUGGGGUUAGUGGUCAAGUAGGCCCAAAGGGUAACGAUGGAGCCCGUGGACCAGGGGGCCUGCUGGGGCGCCGGGGCCUAAAGGGUCAGACGGUAUGCCCGGUACUGAGGGCCACCCUGGAAGCAGAGGCAUGCCGGGGUUCAAAGGGCAUAAGGGCGAGCCAGGAGAUCCUGGGCCUAAAGGAAGCCAGGGAGAGAGAGCCACUGACGGCCAGCCUGGGACCCCUGGCACACCUGGAGGACCUGGACCCUCGUGGAAGCAAGGGAGAGAGGGGCGAAGCAGGAGAGCCCGGAGGCAGAGGGGCUGACGGGAGGAAAGGGGACGGCGGCCCCACAGGAGCUGUUGGGGCCCGGGGAUUUCCAGGCCAGGAUGGACCACCAGGGCUGCCAGGUGUACCUGGGUACCCAGGGAAACCUGGAAAGCCCCCUUCAGAAGAGCACCUCAUGAAAAUCUGCGCUACUGUGCUGCAGAACCAGCUACCACAGUUCAUGCAAAUGAUGGCAACCCGAAGCUGCAGGCACUGUGAGACGACUCAGGGGCCUCCAGGAGAACCGGGCCCUCCCGGGCCUAAAGGCCCCGGCGGAACGCCAGGGUACCCCGGCCGGCCUGGGUCACAGGGCUACCCUGGAACCCCCGGGAGGAGAGGGGCCAUGGGGGUCAAAGGUGACAUGGGACCAGCUGGCAUGAAGGGCUCCAAAGGCCACGGGGAGGUGGGGAUACCCGGCCCUCCCGGGCCAGCAGGUCUGCAGGGUCCCAGGGGCAUUGAUGGCCAGGGCUAUCCAGGACCUUCAGGAGAACCAGGGAAGCCGGGAAUACCUGGCACCCCGGGCAAACGAGGGCCUCCUGGCGAGACGGGCGUCUGCGACCCAUCCUCCUGCUACCAAGCCUACAGACAGGACACCUACAGUAAAGGACCCAACUUCUGAAGUCCACUCCCCCAACCUGUCCACCCAUCUCAGCCUCAGUGGUCAGAACCUUGACUUGUGCCAUCAGACAGAGAUCCUUGGCACUACCAGACUCUGGUAUACAUGGUCCUCCUGUACAAACUUCUUCUGAGGCAGACAGAGAGUUUGUGUACAUUGCCAUGACAUUAUAAACUGGUUCGAAAUCACAUCUGUUUUGCCGUUUCUAUCUCAUCUUCAAUGAGAUCCAAUGGUGGGGUUAUGGUUGUUGUCAAGUCGGCAGAUAAGUAUGUUGACAAAGAUAGAAAUAGAUGGGACAACUUUCAACUUCCCCACAGCAACAUCUUCAACACAUUUACAAGACAGAUCUUGAGAAGGAGUGCAAAGACGACAUGUAGAUCAACACUAAAUGGGUCUUGUCUUUCUCCAGGAAUUGCACUCUAGCCAGUAUUGAUGAGAUCCUGUGAAAGCAUAAAUCAUAAACUGUUUUUGUUGUUUUGUUUGUUUGUCAUAUAAUACUCUAUCCAUGUUCUAGACUCUGAUAUUUCUGUUCUGUUUUCUUCUUGUAAUAUACUACAAAAAUGCACUGUUCUGCCUGGGUCCUGCUACCUCUAUGCUGGAUGUGAAGCAACCCAUAUUUCACCAUAUAACCCAUCUGUUCAUCAAAGGAUAGGGAAGACAGUGUCUGUGAAAAAACGAUGAUUUUGAAACUUUUUUAAGCAUACGUUUGAUCAUUAUGAGUCAUCUUAUGACUCAUUUGAAGCCCAGAUGCAUGAUGGUUCCUAUUCCUAUUCCUAACAACAUUCAGUGAUAUGGUGAUCUUGUCAUGCAUUGAAGUCAGCCUGUUUCUUUGCGACUACUAAAUAUUCUGUCCACUCCCUGUAGUUCAACUUUUUCCCCUGAUUGUGUUAUUUGUAGUUAGAUUGUGACGUCCAUUUAGUGAGACUGUCCAUUCUUCAAGGCCUAUCUUGUUAGUCCUGAUGAUGCAUAUUCUGCCUAAUCAUAAUUCAAAAGAAGACUUUUGGCCCAUGGAGCAUAUUGAAGGGACUGUAUGUUUAUGUAUUUGCCUAUCCAUAUUGUUAUGUGGUCUUUAAUUAAUUAAACUAUGGCUGUGUUGUGUUUUAAUACAGAAAAAUAUCUAUCCAGAAGUGUUAUUGUGAUCUUUCACAUAUUAAAAUUUUGUUUUCUUUUUUAAA